AAUGAAUGCAAAUGGUCUGCAAUGGGAAUAAUAAUUAGAAAAAUCAAGGAUGAGCAAUUAGCAAUUAGAAUUUUGUUAGUAUUUCACUUUAAGUUAUAUAUAUGAAAAUGAGCCAGAAUCAUUCUUGGUAAGAUGUAGAUUAAUAUAAAAUGGAAAUAUUUAUAUAUAUUUAGAUAGAAGAUCUAAGACCUAUAAAUAAUUAUCUUAAAAUGUAGUCUUAUUAUGGCAUUUUCCAUUAUCAAAAGAAAUUUAUUAAAUUAAAGCGAAAUAAAAUUCAUUAAUAGAAAAUAUUGAAUAUCAUUGGAAUCUAAUUGAUAAAGAAGAAAAGAAAAGUUUUCAUUAGAAAAAUCCUGAUUAAAUUUUAGAUUAAAUCGCUGAGAAAUAAUUAACUGAUAUUGAAAAAUUUAAUAUGCAAGAUAAAAAUAAUUUGUCUGAAAAUUUUAAAGUGAUAAUAAUUUCCCCUUUUGAUAUUAUUUAAAUUAAAUAGACGAUGCCUUAAGUGAUUGCAGAUUCAAGAACUAAGUUUGAAUCUAUUUUUCGACCAUAUAAGGAAGAAUAAAAGAUUCAUUAUUUUCUCAAAGAAAAUUAAUGGUUUUCUAAUCAAAUAAUUUGA